AUGUCGAUCUCGAAUCCGAUCUUCAUCGUCGACCCGCCCGCAGAGGUAGCUUCCUCGAAAUCCAGCGCAAGCGUGGCCCCCGCGCCAGUCGUGGAGCACGAAUUGGUCAUGAGAUCGAUGCAUUCGUACAUGAGCAGAAACCCGCGCCGGAUGUGUGAUGUACCCGUGCGCCUGCGAAAGUAUACCGUGACCGACAUGGCCCCCGACUGGGCCCUCAAAACGACCACCACGAUGCGCGAGCGUGGCGGGCGGGCCUGCCACGACUGGCUCAUGCACCACGCUCCCGACUACUGCCUGACUCCCGAAGAUCUGAGCGACCUCGCGAUCUGCCACUCGCUCACCUUCCACACCCGCACCGCGCUCGUGCGCUCGCAGUUCGGCGUGCCCGGCGCGGACACCGCACCGCGCACGCUCUACUUCUACGAGCGCGUGAGCGAGAUCGGGCCGGCCAGCAACGUGCACUUCGGGUACCACCCCGGCGUCGGCCGCGGCGUGCUCUUCUACGGGGGCGAGACGCACCGCGACGGCGUCUUCCGCUGGAAGCAGAUGCUCGGGCUGAACACCGUGCAAAUACACGCGUUCGGGUUCACCCCGGACGAGUGUCUGGUGCUGCGCGAGAUGGCCGCGUGUGCGACAGAGGCCGAGCGCGCGGAAUGUCGGUUCGACGAAGACCCCGACGACGAUGCGGACGACUGUGCGAUGGUGGAGGAGGACGAGCGGUGUGACUCGGACACGGAGUCGACUGCGUCGGGCGAGAGCGGUGUGGAGAGCGGCACGGACACGGACACGGACACGGACACGGACGACGACCCGUAG